GCUGCAGAUACAACACUACUUCUUCCAUUGCAUCAAACACAGAGAAUUCGGAGUCGAGAUUUAUCUUUGUGUUUCGGAAAUUCUUUCCGAGUAGGCAAUUUGCUGAAAUCUAAACGUGUUAGUAGGACAUUCUGAUAGAUUUGAUAUCUUCUUCGUUCUAGUAAGCGAAUCGCUAGGUUCAACAAAAUGGCCGACGAAGAAGUGCAAGCUCUCGUGGUGGACAACGGGUCCGGUAUGUGCAAGGCCGGAUUUGCGGGUGACGAUGCUCCGCGUGCAGUCUUUCCGUCCAUCGUCGGACGCCCGAAGAUGCCGGGUAUCAUGGUCGGUAUGGACCAAAAAGACUCUUACGUAGGUGACGAAGCGCAAUCCAAACGAGGUGUCCUCACGCUGAAGUACCCGAUCGAGCACGGCAUUGUGACCAACUGGGACGAUAUGGAGAAAAUCUGGCAUCACACCUUCUACAACGAACUCCGUGUUGCUCCGGAAGAGCACCCAGUGCUGCUAACCGAGGCUCCGCUGAACCCGAAGGCGAAUCGUGAGCGCAUGACGCAGAUCAUGUUCGAGACCUUCAAUUGCCCGGCAAUGUACGUUGCGAUUCAGGCAGUCAUGUCGCUGUACGCUUCUGGUCGUACCACAGGAAUCGUCAUGGACUCCGGUGAUGGUGUCUCCCACACUGUGCCGAUCUACGAGGGUUACGCUCUCCCGCACGCCAUCUUGCGUCUGGAUUUGGCUGGUCGCGACCUGACCGAGUACAUGAUGAAGAUCUUGACCGAGCGUGGUUACUCCUUCACCACCACCGCCGAGCGCGAGAUCGUGAAGGACUUGAAGGAGAAGCUCACCUACGUUGCGCUGGACUUCGAUGCCGAGAUGAAGCAGGCUGCGCAGUCUUCUGAGAACGAGAAGACCUUCGAGCUGCCCGAUGGCAACGUCAUCACUGUCGGUAACGAGCGCUUCCGGUGCCCGGAAGUGCUGUUCCAGCCCUCCUUCAUCGGUAAGGAGUCGUCCGGUAUCCACGACACGACCUUCCAGUGUAUCAUGAAGUGCGAUGUCGAUAUCCGUAAGGAUCUCUACGCCAAUAUCGUGCUCUCGGGUGGUACCACUAUGUUCCCGGGAAUUGGCGAGCGCAUGACGAAGGAGAUUACCGCUCUUGCCCCCUCCACGAUGAAAAUCAAGGUCGUCGCACCGCCGGAGCGUAAAUACUCUGUGUGGAUUGGCGGAAGGUAAUCCUUACAGUAAAUAUGAAGUAGAAGGCUGCAUGGUUAUUCUGAGCAGCGCGUGAUCUCAUUACAAACACAAUCACAUUUUUUUUUGAAGCGGUAAAGACAACGACUUUGACUCAUUUCAUGCUACUGUCUUCUCAUCCAAUACCGAUUUUCACUCAAUGUUUAUAACCAUGUCCUCAUCUUCAUCACCAACUAAAAUUUUAUACAGCAUCCUGUCAUCGCUGUCGACGUUCCAGCAGAUGUGGAUCUCGAAGAACGAGUAUGACGAGUCCGGUCCAACCAUUGUUCACCGCAAAUGCUUCUAAGUAUUUCGACUGGGUCAAGAAAACGAUAACGAGGUCAGAUGACUUACUUGUAUGGUCAAUAUACUGUUACUGCAUGAGAAAGUAUCGGGGAGCUUUUUUUGGCAGAGUGUUGCCAUAGACUUGGGGAAAAAUUAUGAGUUAAUAAAUAGGUUAAUUUUUAUCUUGUUAGGACUACUUUUAUUAAUAUUCCGAUGAAAUGCAUGGAGGCAUUUACCGAUCGUUUUUGAGUUGGCGAUCAUGAUGACAAAAAUAUAUGUUAAUGACUUUGACAUUAUGUUGUUGAUAGUGGAUAUCACUAGAGGGGUUGAUAGAAGAUAAUAUGGAAAACAAGUGUAAAUUUAGCUCAUGUGUCACAUCUACAUCAUAGAACAUACAACCGUAGUUUUCUUUACAGAAAUGAAUUAUAUUAAUAUAUGAAGUGCUUUCGUUCUUCGAUGAGAAUAGAGAAGAAACACUAUAACCUACUGUGGAAACUUCUCAGGGUGUUCUUAUUUCCCCGAGAAUGCCACAUCCACGUGCAAAUUGAUGAGUUGGUAUGUCAAUAUUAUUCAUCUAAGUACUUACACGAAGAUAGAAAUAAUGCCUGAAAACGAGUUUCAUGAAAGGUUCUAAAACCGCUAUUAUCUACUUCAUCUAAAAGACAUGAUUGUCUCCAUGUUUCCAUCGAGAAAAGAAGUUGUUAGAAAAUAAGGUGGGAUCUCGAAGGAGCUUGUUGCUAGUGCGCCAAUAUCAUUAUUCAUCCUAGUGCAGUUGAUGUGUGCUUACAGACAUUUGCAGAUUCAUGCAACUCUGUUUUCGUGUCAGAGCGAAUGUCCUUAGCAUACAACUUCUAGGCAGAUCGUAAAAAAAUGUGCGUGGUGUGAAUAAUCGUUGUUAACACGGAGAAAAGGUACUGGAGAACGAGAAGUGCGGUUCCACGUCUGGUGGUGCAAACGUCGCAGGGAACAAGAAAAAACAUGGUGUCUUGUAUUUCUUUGGUAUUUCGCCGAGUGUGGCGACGAAUGAUCAUGCUACAGCAAGAUAAUACCUAAGAAAAACCUUUAGAAGGUUUUUCUGUCCCCUGUUCCUAGGUCACUUGCUCC